AACUACUACAAGGUUAUCAACACUCCAGUCCCUCUUUUCUCCGUUGAUGAAUCAUGAGUGCGAGAACCUGUAAAGCUGAGCCUGUAAACUGGCAGGCAUCACUUAGGAGUUGUAUGACCAAACAGGAUGUAAAACGUUCUCCAGUUUCUCCAUCAUCCUCGAUCAAGACGUCUAGAUCUUCAUUAGUGAGCCAAAAAACAUUGUUACAGCCUGUAAAAGGGCAAGCAUCAGUUACAAGUAGCAAGUCCAAACAAGAUGUUAAACCCUCUUUGGUUUCUCCAUCAUCAUCCAUCGAGGCGUCUAGAUCUCCAUUAAUGAGCCAAAAGACUUCGUUACAGCCUGUCAAAGGGAAGACAUCACCUAAAAGUAAUAAGACCAAACAAGAUGUAAAACCUUCUUUGGUUUCUCCAUCAUCAUCCAUCAGGGCCUCUAGAUCUCCACUCGUAAGCCAAACAACUUCAAGACGUGUUGCUUCGUCGGCCAAAGAUAUAAAAGAUUCUCACAAAGAAAUAACAAAGAACUCAAGUUUGAGCAAAGGGACGGGAAAUUUCAUUCUUACGGUCGAGCUUCGAAAGAAGAUUAUCACAUUUAGGGGCAUCAUCGACCUUCCUCUUCUCACCGGUCAUCUUUCCAUAACCAAUCUGGUGACGCGCACGAUGGAAGAUCUCCAUGAGCUAUGUCCUGAUAUCGUCGACAGCUCGCGUCUCUUGGAUAUAAAACAUGCUGCAGACACGGAUAAGUUGCUUGACCAGUUUUACAACGCUUUGAAAUCAAUUGGAGAUUCAUGGAUCGACGACCAUGAAUGGAUUAUCAAAUCCAAGUAUAGGAAGAGUAAUAGCCUUAGGAAGAAUCUAUCUGAUCGACUUUUUGAAAAGGUGAUAGCUGCAUUAGAUGGACUGAAUAAGGGUAUGAACGAGAGGCUCAAUAUGACAGAGAUCAACAGUGAUGAAGAGAAGAAAACGGUUACGAAGCAACCGAUCACGACAAGAACGGUCCAGACUCCACCGAGUAAAGUUGGAGAUGUUGCAAUUUCUGUUUCAAACUUUCCAAGAAACGUGAGAAUGCAAGCCCUUGUCAAACUGAGUCCUAUCGAUGUGAAGCGACUCAACAUCCAAAAGAGUAUGUGCCAGGAAGAAGCUCAGAGCAAUAAUGGUGAUAAUGAUAAUAAUAAUAAUAAUGAUAAUGAUAAUGAGAGUGUUAAGGAGAAGCAGAAGAAUGUAACAGAGAAGAUUGAGAAGAUGGAGAAAGCAAAGGAAGCAAUCCUUGUGGAACAAGAUACUGUUAAAAGCUGCUCAAAGGGUUCAGAGAGGUCUGAAGUUGUGCCUAAAUCUUUGGCUCUGACUACUCCUCAUUCAGUGAAUGCUGCACCACCGCCCCCACAGCCACUUCCAAUAGCUGCUCCAAAAGGACCACUGCCUCCACCACCAGGGGCUGCUGCACCACUGCCUCCACCACCAGGGGCUGCAGCACCACUGCCUCCACCACCACUUCCAAUGGCUCCAGGGAAAGGACCGGGUGCCCCACCAUUCCCACUGGCUCCAGGAAAAGGAACAGGGGCUCCACCACCACCACCGCCACUUCGCUUGGGAGCCAAGAAAGCAACUAGCAAACUGAAGAGAUCAAGACACCUAGGGGAACUCUUCAGAUUCCUAAGGGGGAAAAUCGAAGGUAAGGAUCCAAAAGCAAGAUCCCGUGGCGGCGCUGGAGGAAGCAAAGCUGGAAUAGGAAGCGCUCCAGCCGGGGGAAAGCAAGGAAUGGCUGAAGCUCUUGCUGAGAUAACAAAGAAGUCAGCUUAUUUUCAGCAAAUAGAAGCAGAUGUGGAAAUGUACAUGAAAGCUAUCAAUGAGCUGAAAAAAGAGAUCUCCAGCUUCAAGAGCAAGGACAUGGCAGAGCUUCAGAAGUUCCACCUUUAUAUAGAAUCAGUGCUUGAGAAACUAACAGAUGAAACAAAGGUUCUAGCGAGAUGUGAAGAGUUCCCGGAGAGUAAACUUGAAGCAAUAAGAAUGGCUGCUGCCUUGUACUCCAAGCUUCAGGGUAUGAUCAAAGUGCUCAAGAACUGGAAGAUUGAGUCUCCUGCUGAACAACUUUUCGAUAAGACUGAACGUUACUUUGCAAAGAUAAGAAAAGAGAUUGACAAUCUAGAGCAGACCAAAGUAGAAGAAGAAAAGAAGUUCAAGAAACAUAACAUCCAUUUCGACUUCGGUCUACUUAUUCAGAUCAAGGAAUUAAUGGUUGACAUCUCAUCAGGCUGCAUGGAACUUGCAUUAAAGGAGAAGAGAGAAGCAAAGAUUGCAUCAGAAUUACGCGGGGGAAAGCAGUGCAGGAUCAAGAACAAGACUGUAGGAUGGGCAAAAACGCUGUGGAGGGCAUUUCAGUUUGCGUUCGGAGUCUACACAUUUGCUGGUGGACAAGACGACCGAGCUGAUAAGAUUACCAGAGAGUUGGGUAAUGAGAUCGAACUCAUCCUCAACAACGAAUGAUUCCUC